GAAGAUUUUGAAGAAGUGUAGGAGGGAUUUUCAAUCCAAGAAUGACGUUAAUGGGGUUCUUGCCAUCCAAACUUGUCCCCAGCAUUGCCCAGUGACAGCUACCCAUGAUUUAAGCAAUAUAAAUUGAUUCUAUGGAGAAGAUGCAGCCUUGAGUCCUUGGCAACGCUAUGUUAUUAGCAGUUAUACCAUGGUUGGAGUUAAUGGUGUGUGCGACGGGACCUUCUUCCCUUCCCUUCUCAAGGAAAUGUCUGAUGUAGUAGGCUGCUUCAAUGAGCGCGCACAGAAAUUGCUUGAGCUACAUCUGGCUUCUGGCUUCAGGAAGUACUUCAUUUGGUUCAAAGGCAAGCUGCAAGGAAGCCAUGUUGCCUUGAUUGAAGAAGGGAAGGACCUGGUAACCUAUGCAUUGAUUAAUGCUAUUGCAAUUCGAAAAAUACUGAAGAAAUAUGAUAAGGUUCAUUACUCCAAACAAGGGCAAGCCUUCAGGUCACAAGCACAAAGUAUGCACAUGGAAAUCCUUCAAUCACCAUGGCUAUGUGAGCUUAUGGCUUUCCAUAUCAAUUUGAGGGAAACCAAGGUCAAAUCAAGGAAGACCCCUGCAUUGUUUGAGGGCUGCUACCUCACAUUUAAUGAUGGCAAACCAUCCCUGUCUUGUGAACUUUUUGAUUCUGUCAAGCUUGACAUUGACUUGACUUGCUCUAUAUGUUUGGAUACAGUAUUUGAUCCAGUAUCCCUCACUUGUGGGCAUAUAUUCUGCUACAUGUGUGCUUGUUCAGCUGCUUCCGUGACUAUUGUUGAUGGACUAAAAGCAGCGGAGCCAAAAGAAAAAUGUCCUCUAUGUCGAGAGGCAGGAGUUUAUGAAGGUGCUGUGCAUUUGGAUGAGCUUAGUAUAUUAUUAAGGAGAAGCUGUCAUGAAUACUGGGAGCAGCGACUUAAGACAGAAAGAGUGGAGAGAGUUCGGCAGGCAAAGGAACACUGGGAAUCCCAGUGUCGGGCAUUCAUUGGCGCCUGAUUAGGCAGCUGUUUCUUUCCGGGUGUAAAUCUGUAUAUGUUUUUAUUUUUACUCGUAUGUAUUCCAAGUGUUCUAUUUCCUAUUGUAAAUCUACAUAUUCUUCGAAUGAACAUUUAAUACCAGGUGUCUAAGCUAUUGACAUGACGUA